AUGCAAUACCAAAGACUGGGCAGUAGCGGGCUCAAAGUGUCUCGCAUAAUCCUAGGCUGCAUGAGCUACGGAAAUCCGAAUUGGGAGGGAUCUCCUUGGAUUCUCGGUGAAGAAGAGUCUCUCCCACUCCUCAAACGAGCCUAUGACUUGGGAAUUAACACCUUCGAUACGGCCAAUACAUAUUCCAACGGAAAUUCUGAAACUAUCAUUGGAAAGGCCCUGGUGAAAUACUCUAUCCCACGCAGCAGGGUGGUUAUCAUGACAAAACUCUACUACCCUGUUCUCGAAGGUGAUCCUGACUCGCGACCGAAUCCUGCUCUCAAUGACGGCCCUCUCGUGAAUCAGAUGGGAUUAAGUCGCAAGCAUAUAUUUGAUGCUGUGGAAGGCUCCCUGCGUCGAUUGAGCACAGAUUAUAUCGAUGUCUUACAACUACAUCGUCUGGAUCGUGAGACUUCCCCGGAAGAGAUAAUGCGGGCACUUCAUGAUCUUGUUCAAAUGGGCAAGGUCCGUUACUUGGGGGCGUCCAGUAUGCAUUGUUGGGAAUUUGCACGAUUGCAAUACACAGCGAAAAUGAAUAACUGGACUCCUUUCGUUAGUAUGCAGGGACUGUAUAAUCUGCUUUAUCGCGAAGAGGAACGUGAGAUGAAUCCAUUCUGUGAAGCGGACGGCGUUGGGCUGAUACCCUGGAGUCCGUUGGCGCGUGGCCUCUUGGCGCGUCCCUGGGAGGAGAAGUCGUCGCGGGCAGAACAAGAUCAGAAGACCAAGCGGUGGUUUGUGGGGAAUCAGAACGAGGUCAUUGUGAAUAGAGUGUGUGAUUUAGCCACCCGCAAGGAUUGCACAAUGAGUUCGGUGGCGAUGGCAUGGCUGCUGAGGAAAGGUGCUUGUCCUAUCGUAGGAUUAAACAGCAUUCACCGAAUCGAAGCAGCACUGAAGGCACUGGAGGUAGAUUUGACAGACGAGGAAGUGGCCUAUUUAGAAGAGCCAUAUCAACCUCUGGCCGUGCAAGCAAUUUAA